UUCCGAGGCAUCUAUUAAGAUUAUUUUUGCUUAAUUUCCAGUUAUUGCGUUAAAGCAACAGGGAUGUCUCUGGACACUGUCCCGAAAGAUCUGCGCCAUUUGAGAGCGUGUCUGUUGUGCUCUCUUGUCAAGACUAUUGAUCAGUUCGAGUAUGACGGAUGUGACAACUGUGAAUCAUACCUGCAGAUGAAGGGCAACCGGGAGAUGGUUUAUGAAUGCACAAGCUCUUCUUUUGAUGGUGUCAUUGCUAUGAUGAGUCCAGAGGACAGUUGGGUGGCAAAAUGGCAACGAAUCGGUAACUUCAAGCCAGGUGUCUAUGCCGUGACAGUGACGGGUCGGUUACCUCCAGGUGUGGUGCGAGAGCUGAAGAGCAGAGGCGUCAUCUACCGCUCCAGAGACACGGCUGUUAAAACAUGAACACUGCCACACACACACACACUCUGCUAUUGUCUGUUAUUUCGUUUGUUUUAUAAUUUUCUUUUCUAUU